UUUGGGGGUCCCAGGUCCCAUUCUGGGGCUCCCGGGUCCAGUUUUGGAGCUCCCGGGGCCGGUUCUGAACGGUCGGGGCUCUGCUCGGCGCUGCCCAGCACGAGCCAAGGGGCACCGGCACGAACCGGAGCCUGGGAAUGGGGUCCUGGAAUCCUUCGGCUGGGAUCACCGGGUCCAGCCGUCCCGGCCCACCACCGAACCAGCCCCGAGCUCCUCAUCCAGGCGGGUUUGAACCCCUUGGGGACGAGGCUCCCCGCGCCCCACGGCCCUGCCAGGGCUUCACCGCUCUGUCAGGGAAAGAAUUCUUCCCAAUAUCCCACCUAAUUCCUCCCCCGGCACAACCGGAGGUGUUUCCUCCCACCUCUUCUUCCCCUGGAGCAGAGCCUGACCCCUGCCUGGCUCCAACCUCCCUUCAGGAGCUGCGCAGAGCCGGGAGCUCUCCCCUCAGCCUCCUCCAGGCUCAACACCCCCAGGUCCCUCAGCCGCUCCCACAACCCCUGUUCUCCAGACCCUUCCCAGCUCCAUUCCCUUCUCCGGAUGCGCUCCAGCCCCUCCAGGGCUUUCUCGGAGCGAGGGGCCCAGCGCCGAGCCCUGGGUUCGAGGGCCGGGGGAGCCACCGCAGCCCUCCUUCGCGUGUUGGCAGGGCUGAUGUGGCUCCAGCACGGCGAGGGCGGCGGCGGCCUGCGCCACACGUGCGAGCAGAGCGACGGGCUGUCGCGCUACGGCUGGCUGCUGCACGACGGCGAGAACUUCGGGACGCAGGAGAUCGAAGAUGGGAAGCUGUGGUUGAAAACGGAAUUCGUCAAACGCCCUGGAGGGGAACACGGAGGGGAUUGGAGCUGGCGCGUAACCGCACGGGCAAAGGUGAGGAGCGUGGGUUUGCGUACGCCGGGAGAGGAGCCGGAGUGGCUUCCUCAGCCCCUCGUCCUCCGCAGAGCUCGGGCGGCCCCGCUCCGCUCCUCUCCCUCUUCUUCUACAUCGCCACGGACGGGCAGGGAACGCUGGAGCCGCACCUGGAGAACGGGACGCGGCUGGCCGCCGUGACGGGAGCGACGGAGGAGCUGGGCCGCUUCACCCUCACCUUCCUGCGCCCCACGGCCGGGAGCGGCGAUGACCCCAAAUUCGCCAGCUAUAACUGCCUGAACACACCGAGCCCGGGGCUACAUCGCCUCGGCGAGCUGGUGCUUAGCAGCCUGCGUGGCCGCUUUGUCUUUGCGCCGCCGGGAGGGCCGCGACGCCGCUUCUUUGGCGUGGACGCCGUCGGAGUGCUGCCAGAUUCGGCCCCGCGCGGGCGGCUGCUGCUGCACCAGGUGACGCUGGAGCCGCCGGCCACGCUGGAAGUGACCUUCGAGUCCGGGAGCGUGGUGGCGCGGCCGGAGCGGCUGGCGGGGCGGGCGCUGUCGCAGGCGCUGGAGCAGCACGCGGCCGCCUUCGAGCGCCGUUUCGAGGAGACCUUUGGGCUCGGCAAGAAAGGAUUCUCGCUGCCGGAGCGCCGCUUCGCGCAGGCGGCGCUCAGCGAGAUGCUGGGCAGCGUCGGCUACUUCCAGGGCCACUCGCUGCUGCGCUCGCCGCUGCAGGAGCGCCCCGUGCCCGGCCCCGAGGCCGCGCUCUUCACCGCCGUGCCUUCCCGCUCCUUCUUCCCGCGCGGCUUCCUGUGGGACGAGGGCUUCCACCAGCUGCUGCUGGGGCGCUGGGACGCGGCGCUGAGCCGCGAGGUGCUGGCGCACUGGCUGGACCUGAUGAACGCCGACGGCUGGAUCCCGCGGGAGCAGAUCCUGGGCGAGGAGGCGCGCGCCAAGGUGCCGCCGGAAUUCCUGCUGCAGGACAGCGAGACGGCGAACCCGCCGACGCUGCUGCUGGCGCUGGAGCGGCUGCUGCCGGAUGCUCCCGUGCCCUUCCUGCGCCGCCUCUUCCCGCGCCUCCGCGCAUGGUACGAGUGGUUCCACCAGACACAAGCUGGGCCCGUGCCGCACUCCUUCCGCUGGCGUGGCCGCGACCCAGAGCCGGAGCGCUUCCUCAAUCCCAAAACGCUGGGGUCGGGGCUGGACGAUUACCCGCGCGCUUCCCACCCGUCGCCGGAGGAGCGGCACCUGGACCUGCGGUGCUGGAUGGCGCUGGCCGCGCGGGUGCUGGGCGUGGUGGCUGAGCGGCUGGGCGAGCCGGCCGAGCAGUUCCGGGCGACGGAGCGGGCACUGAGCGACAACGUGCUGCUGGAGCAGCUCCACUGGGCGCCGGAGCUGGGCGCCUUUGCCGACUACGGCAACCACAGCACCGCCGUGGAGCUGCGCUGGCAGCCGGCGGCACCGGUGGCACCAGGACAACCGCCCGCACCGCCCCGGCUUCUGCGGGAAGUGCGGGAAGCGCCGCGGCUACGCUUUGUGGGAGCGUUGGGCUACGUCAGCCUCUUCCCGCUGCUGCUGCAGCUGCUGCGGCCGGACUCGCCGCGGCUGCCAGCGGUGCUGGACGCCAUGCGGAGCGAGCAGCAGCUGUGGUCGCCGUUCGGCCUGCGCUCGCUGGCGCGCGACAGCCGGUUCUACGGGCGCCACAACACCGCCCACGACCCCCCGUACUGGCGCGGCGACGUCUGGGUUAACAUCAACUACCUGGCGCUGCGGGCGCUGCGCGGCUACGCCGAGGCCGAGGGGCCGCAGCGGGAGCGGGCGGCACAGCUGUACCGCGAGCUGCGCCACAACAUCAUCUCCAACCUGUUCCGGCAAUAUUCCCAGAGCGGUUUUCUCUGGGAGCACUACAGCGACAGCACUGGGCGCGGCCAGGGCUGCCACCCGUUUGCCGGCUGGUCCGCGCUCGUCGUGCUGGUGAUGGCCGAGGACUACUAGGGCGGCCGCGGCCGUGCCCGUCUCGCUCAGGUGCCGGGGGGGCGCGGAGCCCCCUCCUCUCCCGAAAUAAAGCCCCUCCACCGAGCGCCGGCACUGCCUGCUUUGGG